AUGGCAUUGGAAGGUUUCUUCCUGGGAGAAUUUUUGCAGGUUGCAUUGGAAUCCAUUGCAGAUGCUACUUCAAUGGUUAAUGGAAACAAACUUAUUAACUAUAUUUAUACAAGCCAACAAUUGGUGAUAAGAGAACAAAAAUAUGGGUUCUUCAAUAGAGAUGACAAGAGAAAUCCAUUAUGUAAUAUGGGACUGAGAGAUAGGUUUUUGUUUGAGAUUAAGAACUUUAACACAAAUAUGGUAUCAACAACAACUUUUCCAAAGCAACAAUGCUGUUUGCAAGACUUGUUGGAAAAUCCAAAAUCUGUUACCUUUACAAGACUUAAACAAAUUGUGAGAUUAAAGAGAUCAACAUGA